AUCGAGUUCUGUGAACUAGUGGAACAAUUUGCAGUUCUAUAUGAUUACAGACGAUCGGAUUAUUGCAACAGAAGUGCACAAGACCAGGCAUGGGAACAAAUAUAAAAAAAAAUCAGUGCAAAUGUAUCCGAGUGUAAAGACCGCUGGAAGAAUAUAUGAGGAAGCUAUUCAAAGUAUAGGGCAAAACUACAAACAAAAUCAGGACAAGGAGCUAAACGAUUAUUAUCUGGCCCCACAUCUCUUCUUGGAUCCUUUCUUGAAGUCUCGCAAAAGCAAAGGCAACAUAGCUGAAGAGUCUGCAUUAUCAGCUGAUGAGGAAGCUAAUUAA